AUGGAAAAGGUUGUUCUGCUGACUGUUCUGAUUUUGGGAUGCAUAGCCGGUCCUCCUAUCCAGCAGCAGUCGCCAUCUCGAGGGCAAAGCUCUCAAUUGCUCACCACUGAUUACGCGGUCGAUAUCUCUUCUCAGGUUCCAUAUUCGGCAUUCCAGUGUAUCUAUCAGAACACUUACAAAAUCGCCUUUAUCAGAGCAUACUAUCCAAACAAUCAAGGAGAAAUCGACCCGAAUGUGAAGGAUAAUAUUUUCAGCGCCGAGUCAGCUGGUCUUGGCAUCGAAGCCUAUAUGGUCCCUCAACCAAAAUCCAACAAAUCUGGUGCAGUACAGUUCGAUGAAAUGGCCACCAAUCUCGAGAUGUCAUUUAUUCUUUUGAAUAGUGUAUGGAUACAGGUUAGUGGCCAUUUUCAAUCACGAACAUUCUGCACAACUGGCUUGAAUACCAUAUCCAAGUGA